AAAUUUUCAUAGAAAGAUUUUCUUCCUGGUCUAUGGAAUUAAUAGACAAUACAGUACAUUUACACAGCAUAAAAAUUCAACAUCUCAUCUGAUAACGAUUGCAAGGCUAUGCUGAGAGCAGAAAUCGUCCAUCUAACUAACUAACCAGUUCGGAAGUAACUAAAAUUAAAUUCGAGAAAAGAGAAUAACUAAAAUUUAUACGAACACAACACAACACAAGUUUCAUACAAAUUUAUGAAAAAAUUUAAAUUCUUGCGGCAAGAAGAAUUGUUGGCACAUAGCAAUUUCUUAACAAUUUUAAUGCGUUCACAAGAUCUUAACAAAGGAUAUUAGAGUACCACUGUUAACAGUGGCAACGAAAAACACUUAAAAAGUUAAAUGUUAUUAACGGCUAUAAAUAUUUCAAAAGCCAAUGCAGUCAUAACGGAUAUGAUUGACUGACAAGAUAAGUGCGCUGCUACUAGUAUUGCUGCUGCGACUGCUGCUAUUAUACAAACCAAUCAAAACGACAAUCACAUCGCAAUUGUUAUUCGAAAGUCAACUUACUGUACAACGGUUCUUUGCCAUUAUCGUCAUCAGUAUCAAAAAAGCUGCUAUUGUUAUUUUUUUCUUUUAACAUUACCGAGAUUUUCUAUUGAAACCAUUGCUAUUUUUUUUUAUCAUUUGCCAACUCUUGUUAGUGUUAAUUUAUCUAACAACAACAACAACAACAACAACAACAACAGCAGCAGCAACAAAAACAAGAGCAAAAAUAACUUUUAAGGCCACAAAGUCAAGAUAUUUAUUAAAUUUGUGUGAAUAUAUUUAACGUGAUAAACCUACGAGCAGAACGACUCGACCAUUACCAACGACAACAUCGAAAUCAUUAUCAUCAUCAUCAUCAUUAUCAUUAUCAUCAUCAUCAUUAUCAUUAUCAUUAUCAGCAUCAUCUAUAUCAUUUACAUCAUCGCGCCAACAGCAUUCAUAAUCGUUUUUAAGGACAUUUGGUGCUUUUAUCAAAAUUCUUCAAAAUUUUCAUAUAUCGACAGUAUUCGUUUGGAAUCAACAAUUCAUCAACAUCAUGAUUGGCCGUUUAUUUCGGGCUCAUGGCGAAUUUUGCGCCUCACAUCCAUGGGAGGUCAUAGUCGCAUUGCUUACCGUGACAGCAUGUAUGCUAACAGUUGACAAGCAGCAGCAUUUUACAGUGUCGGGUGACAGCGGUGGCCAAACAUCAGCAACGUCAGCAACCUCGGCCGCACCAUCUAAUCGUUAUCGACCGUGUCGAGGCUGGACAAGAUCAUGUGAUGGCUUAGAGGCCGAAUAUAAUGCGGCUGAUGUCAUCGUAAUGACCAUUGUUCGCUGCACUGCUGUCCUCUAUUGUUACUAUCAAUUUUGUAGUCUUCACAAAUUGGGUUCCAAAUAUAUACUUGGAAUUGCCGGCUUAUUUACCGUCUUCUCAAGUUUUAUCUUUACGACGACAAUAAUCAAGUUCCUAGGUAGCGAUAUUUCAGAUUUAAAAGAUGCUUUAUUCUUCCUCUUCCUACUGAUUGAUUUAUCCAAUUCCGGCACCUUAGCUCAAUUGGCCUUAUUAGGCACUAACCAAGCUGAGGUAACGAAUAAUAUAGCUCGUGGCUUAGAAGUACUCGGGCCAGCUAUCUCGUUGGAUACGGUGGUGGAAACUUUGGUUAUAGGUGUGGGCACAUUGUCGGGUGUACAACGUUUAGAAAUACUUUGUACAUUUGCCGUAAUGUCAGUUAUAGUCAAUUAUAUUGUCUUUAUGACUUUUUAUCCGGCCUGCUUAUCACUUAUUUUGGAUUUAUCACGCAGCGGUAAAGAUAUGUCUUUGGUAAGAGAAGAAUCGAUACUAUUAAAAGCUCUCAGCGACGAAGAACAAAAAACCAAUCCCGUAGUACAGCGUGUAAAAAUCAUUAUGACUCCGGGUCUGAUGAUUGUACAUAUCUAUAGUAGAAUGGUAUUCUCGACCAAUGAUUACGAUACUGUGGAAAAGACUUUAACUCCGAAAUUGCAAAUGAAUCCGAAUAAUAAUGGCACCGAAUCAACUGAAUUCACCGAUUUAUUAAUAAAAUGGUUAACAAUGAGUGCAGAUCAAAUUGUCAUACUCAUCUUACUUAUAGCUUUGGUCAUUAAAUUCAUAUUUUUCGAGAAUCGUGAAGAUCUUCACGAUCAAAUACGUCAGACAACUGUGUCAAUUGCUGCCAAAUCUUCACAAACGCAACCACUUGAAACAGAAACUGGCUGUUUAAUAAAACGUGCCAGACACAUAAGCAACGCUGGCGUUAAUACGCGAUCGCAUAAUGCACUUGUUCAAGUAUCGAAUUCUAUUGUUGAAGUUAAUGCAGUUGACGCCAAUUCCCAUAUACCGCUGUUCACAAUUGAAGAGCAAAGCACCGCAAAUGCGGCCACGCAAACCGAUUACGGAAUAUCGAAUGGUCAAUUGUUGCCGUUAAGUAAAUGCAAACAGUUGGUUAAAUUGCGUAUCGCUCGGCCUCUUGAGGAAUGUCUGGAAAUAUUGAAUUCGACCGAAGAAUAUGGCGGUGCAAUCAAUUUAACUGAUGAGGAAAUUAUAAACAUUGUGAAAACUGGUGGUCAACAUUGCCCAUUACAUAAAAUCGAAAGUGUUCUUGACGAUCCUGAACGUGGUGUCAAAAUACGUCGCCGCGUUAUUAGCGAACAGGCUAACUUAUCAAUGGAACGUUUAGACUGUUUACCGUUUAGAAAUUUCGAUUAUCGUCAUGUUAUGAACGCGUGUUGUGAAAAUGUCUUAGGUUAUGUUUCUAUACCGGUAGGCUAUGCGGGGCCUUUAAUGUUAGAUGGUGCGAAAUAUUUUGUACCAAUGGCCACGACCGAAGGUGCUUUAGUUGCUUCCACAAAUCGCGGCUGUAAAGCAUUAUCUGUAAAAGGUGUAACGUCUUAUGUCGAAGAUGUUGGUAUGACACGAGCGCCUUGCGUACGCUUUUCCAGUAUUUCUCGUGCCCUCGAGGCUAGAGCAUGGAUUAAGCAAAAUUAUCAACGCAUCAAAACUGAAUUUGAUUCGACUUCACGUUUUGGCCGUCUCAAGGAUUGCGACCCAAAAAUGGAUGGAGAUACGAUAUAUAUACGUUUUGUGGCGCUUACCGGUGAUGCAAUGGGCAUGAAUAUGGUUUCUAAAGGAGCAGAAAUGGCGUUAGAAUGCAUUAAACGAGAAUUUCCUGAUAUGGAAAUUAUCUCACUUAGCGGCAAUUAUUGCUGUGACAAAAAGCCGGCUGCCAUUAAUUGGAUUAAUGGUCGGGGAAAAUUCGUUGUAACCGAAUGCAUUAUACCCGCUCAAACUUUACGUAAUAUCCUUAAAACGGAUGCCAAGACAUUGGUGGAGUGCAACAAAUUGAAAAAUAUGCUUGGCAGUGCGUUGGCAGGAAGUAUUGGAGGCAAUAAUGCUCAUGCCGCUAAUAUGGUAACUGCUGUCUUCCUUGCUACUGGUCAGGAUCCCGCCCAAAACGUUACAUCAAGCAAUUGUUCUACACGUAUGGCAUGUCGAGGUGAAAGCAACGAAGAUUUAUACAUGACCUGUACUAUGCCGUCGCUAGAAGUUGGCACUGUGGGUGGCGGUACUUGUUUACCAGCACAAGGCGCAUGUCUCGAUUUACUCGGCGUUCGGGGGAGUAACCGAAAUAAUCCCGGCGAUAACGCAAAAAAACUGGCACAAAUCGUAUGUGCCACCGUUAUGGCUGGCGAAUUAAGUCUUAUGGCCGCUUUGGUCAACAGUGAUCUAGUCAAAAGUCAUAUGAGACAUAAUAGAUCAUCAAUAGCUGUAAGUGCUAAAGCGAAACCCCUAAAUAUAACAGUAUCAAGUUGCAGUAAAAUAAGCUAAAAUAUU